AUGUCCUCUUCGAUCAAAUUUGUUGCACUUGCUGCUCUUUUUGAUGCAGCCCUUGCUGCCUUUGGGCCCGCCUUCUCGUCCGGUCCCGUGGCCAACGGUGCCUACAUUAUCGAUGCAAUCAGCACGCUCGUGGUUCCAGAGGGAAACUCGCCCUUUGCUGGUGACUUCUCGCUAUGGUGCGGCAUGGGCACCUCGGCUGGUGAUCUGAUCCAGUCGAUUGUGAACCGAACACCCAAUAACUCUCCAGGCACCAAUACACCAUGCGAAACCGUGACAACUAGCACUGAAUGGUGUGGUUUCGCCUAUACUCUCUUUGAAAGCGGAGAGCAGGAUAUCUCUACUCAAGCGAGAAUAAACACUGGCGACCAUGUCCAGUUCCAUUAUAUCUACAACUCCGGCACGGGUAACUAUACCCAAUACCUCUCCCAGAAUGGAAAUGUAGUCUCCACACUGAGUACGAGUGACGGCCAGGCACAGGGUUGGGGCACUGCGACUGAAUGCGCCGAUGAUAAUUGUGGCACUUUUCCGGCUCACCAAUGGAUCAACACUGUCAUUACCUUAAGCUCUGCAGAUCCGGGCUAUGGGUCCACACAGGGUCAGAGCGGUGGCACGACUAAUAGUGGUUUCACGACAAGCGAUGGUGGUGUUAGUUGGGAGGUAUCGACGAUCAAUAUCCCGUCAUUCACUUAUUAG